AUGGCGGUUGAGAUUGCGGGAUUCGAGAUGGUUCAAGGACCGAUUGAGAAUGGUGUUGAAGGAAACAAAUCUGCUGUGCAUGAACAGGAGAAUGGAAAGCUGGAACAAGAUGUGGGAGCUGGUGAGGCCAUCAAGUUUGGCUCACAUGGAGAUGAAUCUGCUAAAGGGGAAGCUACUGAUGAUGCUGAUUCCAAUACCCCGAAGAACGCCGCUGAAGAGUGGCCUGCACCUAAGCAGAUUCAUUCGUUCUAUUUUGUCAGGUGCAGGCCUUAUGAUGAUCCAUCCAUCAAAACUAAGAUUGAUCUGCUUGAUAAGGAUAUCAGCAAGAAAAACCAAGCUCGGUUUCAGAUCACUGAAGCACUGAAGGCAAAGCGGUCGGAACGAUCGGAGUUGAUUUCUCAGAUUAAGAUUCUAAGAGGUGACAGCAAGCAAUUUCAGAGUAUCUUUGAUGAGAAAAUGAAGGAGAUCGAGCCUCUGCAGCAGGCAUUGGGAAAGAUGCGUAAUAAUCGCAGUGGUAUAUGCUCAUCUGAGGAGGAACUUAACGAUGUCAUAUAUAGCUUACAGUACCGCAUUCAGCAUGAGAGCAUUCCAUUGACUGAGGAAAAGCAAAUCCUCCGAGAAAUCAAACAGCUCGAGGGGACAAGGGAGAAAGUUAUUGCUAACGCUGCAAUGAGGACCAAGUUACAGGAUACUAUUGGGCAGAAAGAUGCCAUCCAAGAUCAGGUUAAGCUUAUAGGUGGGGAUUUGGAUGGAGUAAAGAAGGAAAGACAAGCGAUUCGGUCCAAAAUCGCUAAAAUUGAUGAUGAGCUGAAAACCAUCGACACUGCUAUCCAGUCUCUGCAGGAAGAACUUGUUGGUGUUACUCAGAAGAGGGAACAGACUUUUGAGAGCAUUCAGAAGCUUAGGAAACAGCGCGAUGAGGGGAAUUCCUAUUUCUACCAAAGUCGUACUCUCCUGACCAAGGCACGAGAUCUGGCUGCUAAGAAAGAUGUUGCUGCUCUUGAUGAACUUUCCCAGACAGAGGUUGAGAAGUUCAUGUCACUUUGGAAUGGUGGCAAAGCUUUUAGGGAUGAUUACGAGAAAAGAAUCUUGUCAUCAUUGGACAUGCGACUGCUGAGUAGGGACGGGCGCAUGAGGAACCCUGACGAGAAGCCACUGCUGGAAGAACCAAAGCCUGCUGUGGCCGAGCCAUUACCAAAAGCCGUCGCGAAACAGCCUAAGGAGGAGCCUAAGCCUUCUCCGGAAGAAACUUUGGCUACUCAGAAAGAAACCAAAACCAAAGGCAGGGAUUUGAAAACUAAGUCGGAUAAUGAUGAUUAUGAAUUCGAGAAUCCUCAUAAGGAGGCCCCUGCUGCAAAAGAGCCUUUAAUCGAUCCAGCGAAGGCGAAAGAGCUGAAAAGAGAAGAGGAAAUUGCGAAAGCAAAGCUGGCUGCGGAAAGGAAGAAGAAAUUGGCAGAGAAAGCUGCAGCCAAAGCAGCUCUCAAAGCUCAAAAGGAAGCUGAGAAGAAGCUCAAGGACCGGGAGAAGAAGGCAAAGAAGAAAUCAGGAGCUGUUGCCACUCAGGAGGAACAGGAAGCUGCAGAGGUCGAGGCAACCGAACCAGAAAAGGUUAACGAUGUUGUUGAGGCCCCGGCUCCAGUGAAGGAAAAGGCGACAAAGGAGAGCGUUAUCAGGUCCAGAAGCCGAGCAAAAGGGCCGGAGUCGAUUCCAAAAGCUAUUCUGAAGCGCAAGAAGUCCAACAACUACUUGAUAUGGAUCGCCGUUGCUGCUUUGUUAGUCGUUCUGCUGUUGGUGCUCGGAUACACCUUUGUUCUCUAA